CAAGUGUCAAGAAUCAAAUCUUCCUCACACCUCUCCAUUGUCUACUGUAGCAUCAAGCAUCUACAACCUCUACCUUUAUCUAUCUACAAUCAUGCAGCUCUCUCUCCUCCCAGGCGCCCUCCUCCUCUCCGUCGCCGCUGCGCAGACCACCCUCGUUGCCAGCACCAACUCAGCCUGCGCUGCCCAGCCCGUUCUCGAGUCCUGCCUCGCAUCCACCCAAGCCAUCGCCGCGGGCUGCGGAACCACCGACUACGACUGCCUCUGCAAGAAAUGGAGCGACGUCCUCGUGUACGUGCCCCUCCCCUCCCAUCCUUCUCCCCAACCCCAGAAGAAACAAACAAUAGCUAACAUUCCCAUCUCUCCACACAACAGCUGCUUCCAGCAAUGCCCUGACGACUCCCGCUACUCCUCGGUCCUCUCCACCCAGGAGACCUACUGCAAUGACGCUUCCGUCUACACCUCGUCCACCAGCACCCCGAUCUCCCGCCCCGUCUCCUCGUCCAUCAACGAGGCCGCCGUCACCACUUCUUCAGCUGCUGCCACGACCACCGACGCGUCUGCCGCGGCCGCUGCCACUACGGCCUCCAGCGGCGCCGUCGCCACGGCGAGCUCCACGACUAGCGCUGCGAGCGCCAGCGCCAGCGCGACUGGCAAGAGCGGCGCGGCACGAGAUGUCAUGAUCAACGCGGGCGGUGUCCUCGUGGGUCUUGCCGGCUUCGUGGGUGCCAUGUUGUAAGGGCCCCUUUUUUGCGCGUAGGGGAGAUAUGUGGGGAAUGUUGUUUGUUGUUCGGGGUUGGGAGUGAGGAGGAAGCUUUCAAUUGUCUUGUUUUGAGUCUUUCACCUUUUUGAGAUUUUAGCGUUUUGCUUUCAAGUGGGGAGCGAGGGAGUGUUGGGAUGGAAGGGUGUUAAUCAGGCUGUCUGUCCUUGCUUUGGGAAGAGCUUACGGGCAAUCGCUUCAGUUAGCUAAUAUAAGUAAUAAUGGUUAGUACCUUAUGUGACAAGAAUCAAGCACGAUCCUAACACCUAGUCGCGGCCUUGUGCGAGAAUCUGUAAUGUGAGAUAGGUAUG